GGAAAAUAGAACCUCCCCGUUCCUCGAAGCUCUUUUAAGAUUUCUCUCUCUUUCUCUGCUUUAAUAGGAACCACAGAAACACCGCAAUCUCAGGCACCGAUAACUUCACCAGUGUUUCGAGUUCGUCGCAACUACCCAAUUUUUGCGGCGUCGGAACUGAAACUACUAUAACUAUUAUGCUUCCGGUCUCCAAUCCAUCCAGUCCGGAGAGGCUCCUCAAAGGACCCGACAACACCGCUCUCGACCGUAAGAACUCGCUCAACUCACUCAUCUCGUCCUCCCUCCUCCGUCCCUACAUCUCCCCCCGGAGCCACCGCCUAUGGCUCCUCCUCUGCGUCCUCUGCCUCCAGCUCCUUCUCCUCCUCACCCUCCGCUCCAUUCCUUUCCCGCACCACCGCUCCGCCGACAGCUUCCCCUCUCCCGCCGCCGUCGUUUCUUCCAUCUCCGGAGACAGCCUCGAGGCGCCUCUCUCGACCCGGACCCAACCCGGUGAAGACUCGGAUGGGUGCGAAUUGGGUCGGGUUUUCGUCUACGAGAUGCCAAAGAUCUUCAACGAAGUGAUUCUGCAGCACUGCGACAACCUUAAUCCGUGGAGCUCUCGUUGCCACGCCCUUUCCAACGAAGGGUUUGGCAAGGAAGCUACGUCUCUGAGCGGCGUGAUCCCGGAGGAUUUGGUCCCGGCAUGGUUUUGGACUGAUCAGUUCGUCUCGGAGAUCAUUUUCCACAACCGGAUUCUGAACCACCGGUGUCGGACCACGGAGCCAGAUUCCGCUACGGCGUUCUACAUCCCGUUCUACGCUGGUCUUGCCGUGGGGCAGUACCUCUGGUCGAACUACACCGCCGAGGAUCGCGACCGGCACUGCCGCAUGAUGACGGAGUGGGUCCAGGGACAGCCACAAUGGAACAGAUCUAACGGCUGGGAUCAUUUCAUCACCAUGGGCCGCAUCACAUGGGAUUUCCGCCGAUCCAAUGACCAGGACUGGGGAUCAAGCUGCAUCUACCUGCCCGGGAUGCGUAACAUCACGCGACUCCUCAUCGAGCGGAACCCAUGGGACUACUUCGACGUAGCUGUCCCCUACCCGACCGGAUUCCACCCUCGGUCCAACUCCGAUAUCGUCAAGUGGCAGGAGUUCGUCCGCACGCGUCGCCGCCGGACCCUAUUCUGCUUUGCCGGAGCCCCACGCGCCGGGAUAAAGAACGACUUCAGGGGGCUCCUCCUCCACCACUGCGAGGAGUCGCGUGGCACGUGUCGCACGGUUGAUUGCGGCGGAGGUCGGUGCUCGAAUGGUUCGUCGGCGAUUCUCGAGACGUUCCUCGACUCGGAUUUCUGUUUACAGCCUCGUGGGGACAGCUUCACGCGCCGGUCAAUCUUCGACUGCAUGGUGGCCGGUUCAAUUCCGGUAGUCUUCUGGCACCGAACCGCUUAUUUGCAGUACAAGUGGUUCUUACCGGACGAACCGGGGAGCUACUCGGUUUUCAUUGACCGGGACGAGGUAAAAAACGGCACGACGUCUAUAAGGGAAGUGUUAGAACGGUACAGCAGGGAGGAGGUGGAGAGGAUGAGAGAGAGGGUGAUCGAUUCUAUACCGAGAUUGGUGUACGCGAGGUCUCCGAAUGGAUUAGAGGGUUUGAAGGACGCGUUUGACGUGGCGUUAGAAGGGGUUUUUAGGCGAUUCAAGGAGCAAGAGAAUUGGUACAAAUGGAGAUGAGAAUACAAAUUCCGAAUAUUAUCAUUGUUAUUUAUUUUUUUUCUCUUAUAUAUAUACUGUAAAUUUUAAGAUUUAAUAGAGUGGAAUAAGGCAAGAUCAGAUUUUUUUAUUUAAUUUUGAUUUCAUUAUUACAUGUAGUGGCAUUAUGGCAUAUGCCCCUGUUUCAUACCUAAACUCUCA